GUCUAUGGACUAUGGACCUGCAAGUCCCGUCCCAGGAACUUCCUCGACACCCUUGGCAGGUCUGUUUUCAGGGAUUUCGUAUUCCAGUCAUGCCAUGACCCACACCCCAUAUAUCCAUGCUUCCCCACGGCCUGUCCCCUCGGAGCCUCGGGUGCAGUAUUGUACAAACUGAACAAGGUGGCUGCCUUCUUCUGGUCACGUGACAGCACGUGCCGCAGCAUGCGCGACGCGGGUGUCGUCCGUUGACUGACAUCAUCAUCGCCGUACCGUAAUGACGACAGUCAUCAAGCGCACCUACUCUGCCCGGUCGAAACCCACGCCGGCCUUAUCUUCGCCCUCUACAAAUAAAAGAAAGGCCCGCGACGACGAAAACGAUGGCUCUCUAUUUACUCAAAAGAAGAAGCAGCGAUGUGCUUCGAUCCCCUCCAAGCCGAAAACACUAGCGACCUCACGCCCACUGAAACCUUCACAACAGAAGACGCUGACACAACUACACUUUGUCCUCGAUUCGUCCGUGCUGCGUGCAUGCACCCUCUGCGGGCUCUCGUAUACCAGAGGUACUCCAGACGACGAAGCACUCCACCGCUCCCAUUGUGGACGCGUUCAAAGGGGGAUGGAAUGGGGGAGAGAAGAAGAAAAAGAGUCCUUCAAAGCAGGCGUCGUCGAGGUUUCUGCAAAUGUCAGGAUUAAAAACGGCAUCUGUGGCCGCAUCAUAUGCUUUCCUACCAACGUCGGUGGCAAAAUCGGAUCAAAGCUUGCCAACUUGCUCGAAACGAUUAACCUAGCGCUCACAUCACCACCCCUGGCGGAGUCCGUCCUCGACAACUCCAAAGCUUAUCUCUUCCUCAUCCCUUCCCAGACGAACUCUUACAGAGAGAAGAUCGUUGGAUGUGUCGUCGCUCAGCGUAUAUCCACGGCGAUGACCAUUGCAUCACCGGAGGAAACCGCCUUCGCGCGUACACACGUCGGCAGUAAUGAUAAUUCUCCGGAGAUCUCCCCGAAAUCAUUGGUGACCAAACCAAUGACAUCGCUUGUUGCCGUCGACGUGGCCUCUGGAUUGUUUUGUCAUCCAACGGCGCUGCCGACACCCCUUGGUGUACCACGUCUAUUCGUCUCAUCCUCGCAUCGACGACAAGGCAUCGCAACACGGUUACUAACUGCCGCGGCGGAGACAUUCAUUCACGGUUGUCCACUCGACCCGCUGAAGGGUGAAGUUGCGUUCACUCAACCGACAGAAGGAGGAAAUGCAGUCAUGAAGAGCUGGGGAAAGGGGUUCGUAAGGAUUUACCAAGAGUGAAUGUAUUGCCACGCCAUAUAAUCCAAGUAGUUUUCAUUUCGAAACACACAAUUUGGCACCAUAGGCAGAGCACCCCGAGUCGUUGCAGUCGUGUUCAUCUCCAUCAAUCAUCCAAGAGUAUCAAGAUU